AAUUAUGAGAAUCAACAAGACUCUCAUUACCAGGAGCUGCGCGCCCGGGCGAAGGAACAGGGCUCGAAGAUGGCGCAAUGCUUCGAGGAGAGCCACACGGCGUACUCGAGCGGGAACGGCGCGCGUGCCAAGGAGAUGUCCAACGAGGGCAAGGCGCACAAGGCGGAGAUGGAGCGCUUGAACGCGCAGGCGAGCGAGUGGAUCUUUACCAAGAACAAUGAGGACAGCACUCCUGGAGAAAUUGACCUGCACGGACUGUACGUGAAGGAGGCCAUCACCUAUUCAGAGCGUGCCAUUCAAACCGCGCGUCGCCGAGGGGAUGCAAAGCUUCACCUCAUCGUCGGUAAAGGCUUGCAUUCGUCAGACGGCGUCGCUAAGCUCAAGCCCGCAAUCGGGGAGCUGAUGCAGAAGCAAGGCCUCGUGGCUGAACUGGAUCCGGACAACUCUGGCGUCCUCAUCGUCAACCUAGACGGCCGGCCCACCGGCACUGGACCCGUGCUCGGUCUCGACGAUAUUGCUCGGCGCCUCGAAGACAAAGACAACGGGUGUACGAUUAUGUGA